CAUGCCUCCUUCCCCCCUCUAUCGAAGCGCCAGCAAAAAGAAACCCUAGAAACCGGGGCGGCGUUGGCGGCAGCGAAGAUGGUGUGCAUCCGUCAGGCGACGGUGGAGGAUCUGCUGGCGAUGCAGGCGUGCAACCUGCUCUGCCUCCCAGAGAACUACCAGAUGAAGUACUAUCUGUAUCACAUCCUGUCGUGGCCGCAGCUCCUCUUCGUCGCCGAGGACUACGGCGGCAAGAUCGUGGGCUACGUCCUGGCCAAGAUGGAGGAGGAUGCCUCGGAGCCAUGCCAUGGCCACAUCACCUCCCUCGCCGUCCUCCGCACCCACCGCAAGCUCGGCCUCGCCACCAAGCUCAUGACCGCCGCCCAGAACGCCAUGGAGUCCGUCUUCGGCGCGGAGUACGUCUCCCUCCACGUCCGUCGCAGCAACCGCGCCGCCAUCAACCUCUACACCUCCACCCUCGGAUAUAAGAUCCACGACGUCGAGGCCAAAUACUACGCCGACGGCGAAGACGCCUACGACAUGCGGAAGCAGCUCAAGGGCCGCCCCGCUCCCCAUCAUCACGGUCAUGGCCACCACCACGCUGGCGGUGCCUGCUGCUCCGGGGAUGCCGGGAAGCCGGUGGAGGCUGAUACUGGUACUGGCGCUUCUGCCUCUGCCUCUGCUCCUGCUAAUGCGGGAGAGCGAAGGGCUGGUGGCGUCUAAUCGAGGUAAUUUCGUGGAUCUUGGUGCCCGGAGUUACGGUUCUCUUCUCCUUGCUGAAUUGCUGUUAGUUGUCUUGUUUUCCUUGUAUACUGGAAUAGCUGCAAGUUCUUGUUAGUAUGUUCUUGAUUUGGAGUUGAUUCUUGGAUGACUGAACCAGGAAGAAAAGAACAGUUUCUGAAAAUUUAAGAUGGUCCUGUAUCCGAUUAUUAUGUAUAUGAUUAUGUUUUGUGCGAGAAGAAACUAAAUGCUUGAAGUUGGGUC